AUGCUGGCCCCCAACGCUUGGGGACUCGAAAGCCCUCAUCGCAAGGCCCUUCGACCGGCUCGUCAGCCGGCAAAUCUUGCUCCUAGGGCGCUUUCGAUUGACGAUGGCGUCGAGUAUAAACACCUCAACAAUAAAACCCAGAGAUUCCUUGUCAACGGCACUGGGAUCCCCGAAGUGGAUUUUGAUGUCGGUGAAUCUUACGCCGGCCUCCUUCCCAAUACGCCCUCGGGCAAUUCUAGUCUUUUCUUCUGGUUCUUCCCUUCCCAGAACCCGAAGGCCACGGAUGAGAUCACCAUCUGGCUAAACGGCGGCCCCGGAUGCAGCUCUUUGGAUGGUCUGUUGCAAGAGAAUGGCCCAUUUCUCUGGCAGUCGGGCACCUACAAGCCCCUUCGUAACCCCUAUUCCUGGACCAAUCUGACCAAUGUGGUGUACGUGGACCAACCGGCCGGCACCGGAUUCUCCCCCGGUCCAUCGACGGUGCAGAACGAGGAGGGCGUCGCAUUCCAGUUCAAAAGCUGGUUCAAGCACUUCUCCGACACCUUUGGUCUGCAUGGUCGAAAGGUCUAUUUGACCGGCGAGAGCUACGCGGGACAGUAUAUCCCGUAUAUCGCGUCGGCCAUGCUGGAUGAGGAAGACGAGAAGUACUACAAUGUAAAAGGGAUCCAGAUAAACGAUCCGUCCAUCAAUGAUGAUGCAGUCAUGAUAUAUGCUCCCGCCGUCCGCCACUUCAACCACUAUGCCAACCUCUUCGCGCUGAAUGACAGCUUCGUUGAAGAUAUCAACUCUCGCGCCGAGCGAUGCGGUUACAACCAAUUCCUCGAUGAAGCCCUUACUUAUCCGCCUCCCAAGGACUUUCCGAAGGUCCCGGACCCCUACCGCGGGGACUGUGCGAUUUGGGAUGACAUAGUGGCCGCGGCGUACGACGUAAACCCAUGCUUCAACUUCUACCACAUCACCGACUUCUGCCCGUACCUCUGGAACGAGAUGGGGUUUCCAUCGUUGGCCGGACCCCCCAACAACUACUUCAACCGCUCCGACGUUCAGGCGGCUCUCCACGUUCCCCAUACUGAUUACUCCGUCUGCGGCGGCAGCACCAUCUUCCCUAACGGCGAUCUGUCGCUUCCUAGCGCUCUAGGACCACUACCGGGCGUCAUUGAGCGCACGAACAACACGAUCAUCGGCCACGGCUGGCUCGACUAUCUUUUGUUCUUGAAUGGCUCCCUUGCGACGAUUCAGAACAUGACUUGGAACGGCGCGCAAGGCUUUCAGAAGUCUCCCGUGGAACCGCUGUACGUGCCUUACCAUGCCGGUCUGGCGGACCUACCCAACGGCAACGUGCCCGAGCCGUUUAUCUGGGACGCCGGGGCCGGAUACUUAGGAACGGCACACACGGAGCGUGGAUUGACCUUCAGCACCGUCUAUCUGGCGGGUCAUGAAAUUCCUCAAUAUACCCCCGGCGCGGCGUAUCGCCAGUUGGAAUUCUUGCUCGGCCGCAUUGACAGUCUGCAGGAUCAGACCGGGUAUACGGCGUAG